AUGCUGGGAGCAGUGACACCGGAAUCUUUUGACACCCUGCACUCUUAUACCAACACUUUCCAAAUGCCAUUUGUCACGCCGUGGUUUCCUGAGAAGGUCAUACCGCCAUCAUCAGGACUAAUUGAUCAUGCUGUAAGCAUGAGACCGGACUACCACAAAGCCAUAGUCGAUACCAUUUUGUACUAUGGAUGGAAGGAAAUAAUUUAUGUUUACGACUCUCAUGAUGGCUUACUGAGACUGCAACAACUCUACCAGACCAUGCAACCGGGACGAACGACUUUUCGAAUCGCGCUGGUGAAACGGAUUAAUAACGCAUCGGACGCAAUGGAAUUUCUGUUGGCUUUGGAACAGCAUGACCGAUGGAGCAAUAAGCGCAUAGUUCUCGAUUGCAACUCGAAAAACGCGAAAAGCAUACUCGUGGAGCACGUUCGGAAAGUGCAGUUGGGCCGGCGGACCUAUCACUACAUGCUCAGUGGUCUGGUUAUGGACGACCAUUGGGAGAACGAGGUGACUGAAUACGGCGCAGUAAACAUUACAGGUUUUCGUAUUGUGGAUCACUCCCGCAAAAUUGUUCGCGAUUUCAUGGAAGGCUUACGGAGAAUGGACCCCCGUUUCAAGGGAACUGUAUCGGCACAAACUGCUCUGAUGUACGACGGAGUUCAAGUGCUAAUGGAUGCUCUUGGAAGACUAAUGAGGAAGAAACCCGACGCCUUCAGAAGUGCACUGCGACGCGCUGCGGCCCUAGCGAAUUCUACCAAAGUAAUAGAUUGCAACCCAGGAAAAAAUUGGGUCAUACCCUUUGAACAUGGUGAUAAAAUCUCGAGAUUAAUCAAAAAGACGGACAUUGAGGGCAUUACGGGUAACAUUUCAUUUAACGAAGAAGGUCACAGAUAUAAUUUUACGUUGCAAGUUGUGGAAAUGACUGUUGAAAGCGCAAUGAUACAGGUGGGAACUUGGACGGAUAAGCAGGGCCUCAUGCUGGUAUCGCCGAAAUAUAUUCAACUCCAUUCGCCGUCGUCCUUGGACCCAAAUAAAACUUACAUCGUUACGACUUUGAUUCAAGAACCUUACAUGAUGCAAAAGCUCAAUGACUACAGUCGAAAGGAAGACCAAUUUCAAGGAUUUUGCAAAGAGCUAUUCGAUUUAAUCGCAAAGAGACUUAGGAUAAAAUAUGAAAUCCGACUGGUUAAAGAAAAAACUACCGGAACAUCCAGUUCUAAUGAUGCCUGGUCGGGAUUAAUAAAUGAAUUAGUUAGAAAGGAAGCAGAUUUGGCUGUAGCACCUUUAGCAAUAACAGCCGACAGGGAACGCAUCGUCGACUUUAGCGAACCUUUUCUGUCAAUAGAAAAUCCCGUGAUCCAUGCAAAAACAUCGAAUCAACGCUCUGAUACGUUCAGCUUUCUAAGACCGCUUUCAAAGGAGAUCUGGCUGUGCGUUCUAUUCAGCUUUUUCGCUGUGAGCAUAGUACUUUUCUUGGUAUCUCGAUUCUCACCACACGAAUGGCGCUCUGUGUCAACAGAUACGGAUACACAUAUCGAACAACCAAUAACAAGAACGAAUGAGAUCAUCCUGCACAACGACUUUAGCAUUUGGAAUUCAUUCUGGUUCUCUCUUGGAUCGUUUAUGCAACAAGGGAGCGACGUGGUUCCAAGGUCACUUUCGGGACGAAUAGUGGGCACUGUUUGGUGGUUUUUCGCCCUAAUCCUGGUCUGUUCAUACACUGCAAAUCUGGCAGCUUACCUCAUACUGGAACGCAUAUCAGAGCCGGCGCGUUCCCUCCAGUAUCCAACGAAGGUGCAUACCGAAAGCUCCCUUGCCACUAUGUAUAACCUGGUGAAUGACCCGGAACUAAUUCCAAAGGAUACUAGUAUAUUCCAGCAUGCUAUUGGCAAGAACGGGCAAGCCUGUAACUCCAUGGCAAGCGUGUGCAGAUUUAGGAAUGUGAAUUUUGCUAUCGCUAUGGCUAAGGGUUCACAGUUAAGAGAAGGAAUAAACAUAGCCCUUGUAAAUCUGAAGAAAGAAGGAGUGGUGUCGAAGUUAUGGCAAAAGUGGAUUUCCGUAAAUAAUAAACCCGACUGCGAAAUGGCUAAAGAUCAGGAAACUAUCAUAACAGAAAUGACGCUAAGCCAAGUGGCAGGGAUAUUUUACGUAUUGGUGGUGGGAUUAGCUUUAGCCUUAACUGUGGCUUUAUUAGAGUUCUGCCAACACGGUCGGGCUGAAGCUGUACAGGCAAAUGUGCCUCUAGGUGCUGCUUUAAAAGCUAAGGCAAGGCUGGCAUCUCGAUCGCAACACAAAACACCUUCACAACGCACACCGCAGCGUGAUCUUGACCGCCUUGGAUGGAAUGGAACCGCUUUCGCCGGGUACUUUGCGACGAGCACCCAGAUCUCCCAAGACGACACAAUCCAUGCCAGCUUUACACAUGUG